UCCUGUAGCAAGUAGAUAAAAAAUCCGCCGCACCCCCUGAGUUUAAUUUUCUCUCUUUCAACAGUGGUAUAGAUUAGCUUUUUGCUUUCCAUAUUAGCCCUCAAAAACUAUUUGAAAUCUAUUUUGCGUGAAGCCCCGCCAUUUGUUGCUCGUGUUCUACACAACAAAUUUGAGUUUCUACUACUCCAACCUGAAUUUGAAAUUUCGUUUCAGAGACGAAAGGUAUCCGUGCUUAACCAUCUGGUGUAUUACUGGAGAGGGCGGCUGCAUUUGAGGGUUACAUCGUCGCCGAUUACCAUCGAGACUUGUACUUGUCUUUGUUGGUUCCCAAUAAAAAAAUGGCGAUUGAUGACGCUACAGUAUUGUGCCUGUAUAUGUUGAUGGAAGAACAAGUUCUACAUCAACAUUUAUUUUUUCUACUUCUAGCUUAUCACAUUAUAGUGAUGUCAUCGCGUAAACGAAAAAGGGGUUAUAAGACAUUUGGUAUAAUUGAACGAAUCCCGAACCAAGUCAUGCAUAUGAAUAGGCUUGUCGGUGUUAACGAUGUAGAUUGUCUUGCAAAUUUGCGCAUGGACCGCAACACAUUCGGUCGACUUUGCAUUUUGUUGCGCGAUUUAGGUGGUUUAUCAAAUGGGAGGUACAUUACUAUAGAAGAACAAGUUGCGAUGUUUUUUUCCGUCUUAUCACAUCACAAGAAAAAUAGGGUAGUUAGAUUUUAUUUCUAGCAAUCUGGACAAACUGUAUCCAGAUUUGUGCACUUGGUCCUGAAGGCAAUACUGAAAUUGCAUGCGAUUUUACUCGUCAAACCCAUUCCCGUUCCACAAGACUGCAUGGACAAUAGGUGGAAAUGGUUCAAGGGCUGUUUGGGUGCACUCGAUGGUUCUUAUAUAAAUGUGACUGUGAGCAAUUGUGACAAGCCAAGGUACCGGACUCGAAAGGGACAAAUAUCAACUAACACCCUCGCGGUUUGUGAUAGAAAUAUGCAAUUUGUUUAUGUGCUCCCUGGUUGGGAAGGCUCCGCAGCCGAUUCGCGGAUAUUGCGGGAUUCCUUGACACGGGUGCACGGGUUGAGGGUGCCUAGAGGCUGUUAUUAUCUUUGCGACAACGGAUACGCCAAUAGUGAGGGGUUCCUUACACCGUAUAAGGGAAUUCGCUAUCAUUUAAAGGAGUGGGGCCCAAACACGUCUCGCCCGCAAAAUGCAAAGGAAUUGUUCAACCUACGACAUGCAAAGGCACGAAAUGUUAUUGAACGUGCUUUCGGCGUCAUGAAGAUGCGUUGGGGGAUUUUGAGAAGCGCCACUUUCUACCCUGUGAAAACCCAAAACCGUCUAAUAAUGUCGUGUUUCAUUUUGCAUAAUUUCAUCCGCGCGGAGAUGACCAACGAUCCGCUUGAGCAGGAAUUUGACAAUGCAAACGUUAACAAUGAUGAAGAUGUUGAAGGCGAUGGUGAAGUCAUCGAUGGGAUAGAGGCAUCCCCAAUGUGGAAUGCUGAGAGAGAUUUACUUGCCCAAUCGAUGUGGCUUAAUUAUCAAAACAAUAUUUGAGCUAUGUGUUGUUGUAUAAAUUGAUGUUGAAACUUGAGUAGUUUUGUGUAGCAGCAUGUUUCUAUGGGAACUAAGACUUAUUCAGCAUAUCUAAUAGGCUAGUAUGAAUUUUCUUUUGUUU